AUGGAUUCACUUGUCUCCGAUUAUGCUAAGAAGAUAGAGCUAGAGGCUAAGGAAGCAGAAGAAGCUACAAAGGCAAAGGCAGCUGAAGCUAAAGCAAAGGCAGCUAAGGAAACAGUUGAAGCUACAAAGGCCACAGAAGAGAAGGCAGCAAAAAAGGCCAAAGAAGAGGCUGAAAAAAAGCCCAAGGAAGAAGAGGAAGAAGAGGCUAAAAAAAAGCCCAAGGAAGAAGAGGAAGAAGAAAAGGAAGAGCCGCCUUCUGAUGACGACAAUGACGACAUAGUUAAUAGACUUCGACAUGGGGAGACUAUUACCAAACUAAAGGAGGAUAUUUCUAUAUCAGUAGAAGUUCUCGUCAAAACAUGA